AAAACCGCUCACGUGACCGUGAAGAAGCAGCAACACAGUAGAUAAAAGUUAGAAACGGCUUCUGCUCCUUGUUUAAGUGGUUUUUCUCGGCAUUUGUGCAGACGAAGGCUUGUAUUUCGGCCAGAUUCGGUAACACAGGCGGCUACAGCAGCUCCAUGCUCACGUGUAUUUAUUGUUUUAGUCGUGAAAAUAAUAGGCAAGCUAACGUUAGCCGACUAGUCAAGUGUAGCUAACUUACAAUAAGUUAACUGAAACCUAAAAACAGCUUCGACCUUUGGACCAAAGUUAAACUUUGACUAAAGGAAACUAUUUAAUUCGCUAUUUUGUUCUCGCAACUGAAAGAGACAAAGGAAGUGUGUUGUUGCCGUGUCGGUGGGAAUGUCAUCGUCUCCGUUUGGUCGCAAGAGUCAUGAAGAGUCAAACUUAUCACACAGCGACUCUGAGGACGAGCCCAAGCUCCCUCUCAAUCAGUUCUAUCCAUACAUCCGCUGCGCCCUGUGCUGCGGGUUCCUCAUAGAUGCCACCACCAUCACAGAGUGCCUGCACACAUUUUGCAAAAGCUGCAUUGUGAAGCACUUCUUCUACAGCAACAGAUGCCCCACAUGCAGCAUCGUGGUCCACCAGACACAACCUCAUUACAACAUCAGGCCUGACAGACAACUACAGGAUAUUGUUUACAAAAUGAUUCCCUUCCUGGAAGAGUCUGAAAGAGAAAAAAUGUGUAAAUUCUACAAAGAGAGAGGGCUCGAGGUGCCAAAACCAGUGGUCAUAUCUCCCCCAGGUCCUGUUGUGUUGAGGAGACAGAAGAAGGAUAGCAUUCCCCAGUCUGUGUUCACCAUUCCUCCUGAGCUGGAUGUGUCUCUGCUGCUGGACUUUGUUGGGGCUGAAGAAGGCGUCUGCAACUAUAAGCCACUGGAGAGGCGGUACGUUCGCGUGUCGGGCGAAGCCACCAUUCGCCACGUAGAGCUGUUCAUCAGGAGGAAGAUGGAGCUGAGCCCAACGUGCCAGGUGGAUGUGGUUUGUGGAGAUCACCUCCUGGAUCACUACCAGUCACUCAAAGACAUACAGAACUCUGCGGGCGAAGACGCGCUACAGGAUGGUCUGUUGGUGCUCCACUUCGGGUUGGUCCUGCCCUCCCAGUCUUGAACACGAGAGAUGGAUUUAGCUAAUUCCUCAGCUGAUAAGCUAACCUUUUGGACGUCUCUUCAUCAGACUCAUGUCAUCAUGUGGAGUUAGGUUUCUACAUUGGCAUAACUUGUAACUGUAACUACUGCACCACUGUCUUGAAUGUGUUGUUAGAACUGACCAAUUGUCACCACCUGCUUACAAAGAUAAAACUACUAACUGACAUGUAGCUACAUUUAGGAGUUGGCCAGCAAAACUUGUGAGGUAUAACAGGAAGAUGUCUGGCCUCAUCUACAUGUAAAACUGAACUUUUCUGUUAACACAGAGGCAACAAAUUCUCAUCCAUCAUGAUCAUUAACUUCUAUUCAGGACAACCCUUGUGUCUGACAUGAAUUCGAUGGACACAGGUGGCUUACAUUUGAUUGACUACAGUACCAACAUGUACAAAACAUGUUUCAACUGAUGACUGGAAUUGAGAGAUUCCUGUUUUUACUGCCAACGUGACUUAUGAGGAUAAGUUAAGUCACAGCAAUGGGACUUCUGCUUUAGCUGAACUUGGAUCGAAACACUGUUUGUGGGUCUGAAACUCUUAAAAUUUCAAACCAUACGUGCAUGAGGUCAGUAGAAGCUGCUCCUCUCUAGUUUUACUGUCUUUUUGGAAUCCAGGGACCUUCAUCUCAGUUGUUUUCUAUUUAUUAUUUCAUGACUUGGGCAUUAUUUGAAAAAGAAAACAGAAUUUAAGGGCUUGAAGUACAAGAACUACCACUACCAAAGGUUUGUGAAUGUAUUUAUAUAGAGUUUAGAUUUAUACUCUGAUUAGUUCAAUUUUCCUUCUUAUUGAUUGACUUGUUUAAUUUAAGAGCUGCUAACAGUUGUUUACUGUUUGCUGAUAUUAAUUGAUAAAACAUGCUUUCAAUGCUUGCAACAGCACAAAAGCAACUGUUUAAAGGGGGUUUGUAUAAAGAGGUCUUUGAUGAGGUUUGGUAAAAAUAUAUUUUCUACUAGGUUUUGUGAUUUUUGAAUUAAUAAAUAAAUGCAUAACUGAGAAAUGUCUUCUGAUUCAUCCUGGGGUGGGUUUAGAAAUGUUUCAAAGAGGGGGUUGAAUGGAGAAUGUUUGGGGAAAGUGAAAAUAAGUUAAGACUCAAUCAUAAAUCAAUAAAAGCUGCACCUCAUUAA